UCCUUCAGAACAAGAAGAGGACCAGAAAAACAAUGGUUGUAUUACCAGUUUUGUUCCUGUUGGGGUCACUGUUUCUCUGUGAUCCAGUGCAGGCCCAGUCCGACACCAUCUUAAUGCUGAAACAGGCAGCACUUAACUGGAAGGGAGCUCUGACUUGUGAAAAAUCGGACUGCAAUUGCACUUUCAAUCAACAGCGCGGCUGCUGCUGUGCAGCAAGGGACAUGCUCCAAUUAGAAGAGGAUAUCUUAGAAAGGAUGACCUUUUUGUGGCAUGACAUCAGCACACUGAAAGGCAGAGUACAGUCACUCACAGAUAAAAUCAAGGUUGCCUUCAAGGCCACAAUGGACCCAAAUAUUGCCCUUAUGGUUCCUGGAUCAACAGAACGUUGCUUUGGUCCAUUCAAUAUUAAUAUUCCAGUUCCCUUCUCCUCUGUCCUUCUCAACAGUGGCAAUGGAUAUAACCCGUCCUUGGGUAUCUUCACUGCCCCCUUUCCUGGUGUUUACGUCUUUUCUUUCACAACCUACUCAUCUGUGGGAGAGAAUGGGCGCCUCUACCAUAAAGUCCAGCUUAUGAAGAAUGGGAAGCGCGGAGCCAGUGUGUGGGAGAACAAUCGAGAGGAUACGGAGGACAGCGCCACGCAGGUCGUUGCACUGGAAAUGCAGAGAGGCGAUCAGGUCUAUCUUGACCUGACGUCCGGGAGGAAACUCUGUACAAAUCUUCAGUACAAUGUCUUCACUGGUUACAUCCUGUACCCCUACAUUGCUGCCUAAUACACCACCUGGAGAGCCAGGUCACUUCAUCUUUCUCAUUCCAGGACCUUAAAUGGAUUGAAAUCAAAAUACUAGUGUUCACCCACCAGAUAUAGGUUUGUGAUUUAUUGUGGGGCAGGUCCCAUUGUUUAAGAGCCCCUGCAUUAGAUUUAAACAAAAAACUACAAAGAUGUUUGUUGCUAUCACAUAAUAUGCCAAGAAACACAGUUUGU